AUGAGCACUAAUGAUGAUCAAAUUUUGACUACAUUAAAAAUUCUUAUUAUUGGAGAAUCCGGUGUUGGUAAAAGUAGUCUUCUUUUACGAUUUACUGAUGAUCGAUUUGAUCAAGAUGUGGCAGCAACAAUUGGUGUUGAUUUUAAAGUUAAACAAUUAGAUAUUGAUGGAAAUCGUGUUAAAUUGGCUAUUUGGGAUACAGCAGGACAAGAACGUUUUCGUACAUUAACACCUGGCUAUUAUCGAGGUGCUCAAGGUGCUAUUCUUGUUUAUGAUGUUUGCAAUCGUGCUUCAUUUCGACAAUUGGAUCGAUGGCUUUCGGAAUUAGAUACAUUUACAACAAAAACAAAUAUAAUUAAAAUGCUUGUUGGAAAUAAAAUUGAUCAAGAAGAGAGUCGUGAAAUAACACGUGAUGAAGGUGCAAGAUUUGCACGUAAACAUUCAAUGUUAUUCAUUGAAGCAUCAGCACGAACACGUGAAGGUGUACAAAUUGCAUUUGAAGAACUUGUUCAAAAAAUUAUUCAAACACCAUCAUUAUGGGAAAAUCAAGAAAAAUCAGAAAAGACAAUUCAUCCCGAUGACAACGAUCAUCCAUAUGAAUCAACACAAGGAUGUUCUUGUUAA